AUGGUGGAGGUUGCCAACUUCUACUGUUCUUGGUGCAACUGCAGGGUUGGUGUGCAGCGAUGUUUUCGGGGCUACUUCCGAGUUCUAGUGCACCCGCUGCUAUGGCAUGAGCCGCAGCUCAUGAAAGUCUCCUACGCGUGGUAUGUCAGUGAUGUGCCGCCAUCUGGCAUGCAGGUGGCGGCUAGCGAGCUGCUCGAGCGUCAACUUCGAUUCGAUUUGCUUCCUUGA